GUGCGUGGUAGCGGGCCGGGGCAAGACGCCAGUUGGCCGCAUCACUCGCGUCGUCGCGGUCGCAGUAAUCCAUAAUAACAUUCUGUCUAGCUUCGACCUACGCGGGGUCAAGCCACGCGAACUGCUGAUAGUGACGUUUCUCACAAACUUGUGAUUUUAGUUUAACGUGAAUGUCAAAUUCGUGGAAUCCAAAGUGUGCUUAUGAAAUUACUCGAGUUCCUGAGUAUUUUAUUAAAUUACGAUGCUUGAAAAAAGUAAUAAAAAUAGUGAAAACUCAACGGUUACAGUUGAGAACGGUGCUACAGAUACCCUUAAAACAAACAACAUGCAAGUGGCGAAUGGAGUCAGUCAACAAAUAUACUUAAACGGACCGGAUCAAGUAGUGCCCGCAGAAAAUUACACAACAGCAAUUCCUGGAUGUCACGUCAAACUUCGCAUCGCCCCCCGCGGCUUAGCAGCGGAGCCUCCUAUAUCAGUGCCUGGAUUACUAAGUCGAACUACCGCCAGAUAUCCUAACGCUACAGCACUGGCCACAAAAAAGGCUGAUGGGAAAUGGCACAAAAUCACCUACAAGCAAUACCAGGAUCGUGUCAGAAUAAUAGCAAAAGCUUUCUUGAAACUGGGUCUAGACAGGUACCAUUCAGUCGGUAUCCUCGGUUUCAACUCUGAACAAUGGUUCAUCGCCGAUCUUGCAGCUAUCCACGCUGGUGGGUAUGCGGCGGGAAUAUAUACAACCAACUCGGCCGACGCAUGCUUCCACUGCCUCGAAUCGUCGCGGGCUAACAUCUGUGCUGUACAAGACAAGAAACAGCUGGACAAGAUCCUUUCUGUGAAGCACAAGCUUCCCUUGUUGAAAGCCAUCGUGCAAUGGGAAGGACCUGUUGAUACCUCCAUACCUGGAAUAUAUAGUUGGGACCAGCUACUAGAGAUAGGAGCGAAGGAGCCAGACACGCAACUGAACGAAAUUCUGAAAAGUAUUGCCGUUAACGAAUGCUGCACGUUGGUUUAUACUUCAGGAACGGUGGGCCCGCCUAAGGCCGUGAUGCUGUCUCACGAUAACCUGACAUGGGACGCGUUCAGCAUCGGCGAGAGAUGUCAGAAUCUACAACCCACAAGAGACAGGCUCGUUUCAUUCUUACCGCUCAGCCACGUUGCCGCUCAGGUAGUGGACAUUUAUACAACCUUGUCUAACGCUGUGACAGUGUACUUUGCACAACCAGACGCUUUGAAAGGCAGCCUCGUUGAAACCCUCAAAGAAGUCAGGCCAACAAGAUUCCUGGGGGUCCCUCGGGUAUGGGAAAAAAUGUACGAGAAAAUUAUGGCCGUAGGUGCAUCUAGUGGUCCACUUAAAAAGCAGAUUGCUUUAUGGGCCAAAGAGAAAGGGCUGCAAUAUCACCUCUCCAGGAUUAACGGUGCCUUAUCAGCUGGAAUGUACGGCCUGCCGAUAGAUCUCACCACAUCGGAAAUGUUGUGGUUUUGGUACGAGGGUUCGUCAGUUGGGUACAAGCUCGCUAAGUCUUUAGUGUUCAGCAAGAUUCAUGAGUCACUUGGCUUGGACAAGUGCAGCACUUUCGUAACGGCAGCCGCGCCACUGUCUCCCGACAUCAAGAAAUUCUUCCUUUCGUUGGAUAUCCCCCUUGUCGAUGCUUUCGGAAUGAGCGAGGCGGCCGGAGCCCACACCCUAAGUAUUUAUCCUAAGUUUUCUCUUGACUCUGCUGGUGAGAUUUUGGAGGGAACCGAGACGAAAUUCGGCGGCUCCAUGAGUCCCAACGGUCCCGGUGAGAUCAUGAUGAGAGGACGACACGUCUUUAUGGGUUAUUUGAACGACGCGGAAAAGACUAAAGGUGCUAUCGACGAUGAUGGCUGGUUACUCUCCGGGGAUGUUGGCAGAGUCGAUUCGAACAAUCUACUCUAUAUUACUGGUAGGAUAAAGGAGCUGUUAAUUACGGCCGGCGGCGAGAAUGUGGCUCCAGUGCUGAUCGAGCAAGCUAUUCAAGCUGAACUCCUGCAUGUAGGCUACGCUGUACUCAUUGGAGACCGACGAAAGUUCCUCUCGGUCUUGUUGACUCUGAAGACUAAGGUGAGUCCGGAGACGGGCGAGCCUUUAGAUGAAUUGGAAAGUGAAGCGAGGAAGUGGGUUGCUAGUUUGGGCAGUUCGGCAACUAAACUCAGUGAAAUCGUUAACAGUAAAGACCCAGCGGUCCACAAAGCUAUAGAGGCGGGUAUCACACGCGCAAAUAAACAUGCCAUCUCUAACGCUCAAAAAGUACAAAAGUUUGCGAUCCUGCCCUCAGACUUCUCUGUGUACACCGGGGAAUUGGGGCCAACAUUAAAAAUUAAGAGGAACGUCGUCUAUGAGAAGUACAAAGACAUAAUUGAAGACUUUUACAAAGAGUGAUUUUAGACUAAGUCUAGGACUAGGGAAAGGGAUACGUUAAAAUUUUAUAAUUAAUAUUUUGUUGUUGCUCAACUAGGGACUAGAGCGGAAACAUUGUGAUCGCAACUAAUUAAAAUGUAUAUAAGUUAUAUUUUUGUUACAAUAAAUUAAAUAUUUUUCGUUACAUAA